AUGCCUCUGGGUUUCUUCGGUGGAGGAUCUAACUCAUCGAAACCCCUACCUUUGUCAACCCCGGAAGAUUCGAAGGAUAAAAAGGAGAAAAAGGAAUCAUCCGAUAAAGAAGGAAGGGGCACUCUUCUGAAGUUGCAGAAGGCUACGGUUACUAUCGAGAGAAAGUUAGCGGAAGGUGGUUUUGCCAUUGUAUAUUUGGUGACGGACAAGCAAAAUAGACAAUAUGCUUUAAAGAGACAGUUUAUUAAUGAUGAUCUUAAGCAGGUAGAAGCCUGUAAGAGAGAAUGCCAAAUUGUGAGCGGAUUGAAAGGACACAAAAAUAUCGUUUGUUAUGUUGACCAUUUACUUACACAGAAUAAGAGUGGGAUUUAUGAUUAUAUGCUGCUUACAACUUAUUAUAAAACGAGUGUAUUCCAAUUAAUGAAUGACCGUUUGUCUUCCGGGCGAUGUUUAACUUUAGCAGAAAUUCUAUCUAUUUUCUGCGAUAUGUGUUCUGCUGUAGCAAGACUACAUCAUUCGCAAACUCCUGUUAUUCAUCGAGAUUUAAAGGUCGAAAAUAUCCUCAUUGACGAAAGAAACCGAGCUGCUCCUCCCAUUUAUGUUUUAUGCGAUUUCGGAAGUGCAACUACUAAGGUUUUGUCAUCUAAUACUCAACAAGCGAACUCAAUCCUUGAAGAGAUAGAGAGGUAUACAACUUUGAGUUAUCGAGCACCCGAAAUGAUAGAUAUCUAUCAAGGCAAACCCAUAGGAACUCCUGUCGAUUUAUGGGCAUUAGGCGUUAUGUUAUACAAAUUGUGUUAUUUCACACUUCCUUUUGGAGAGUCUGCGAUGGCGAUUCAAAACGGAGCUUUCACUUUCCCGAGUCAACCGUACUAUCCAGAUUCUGUGAAAUCUAUUAUAAAGUGUUUGCUCGAAGCUGAGAUUGAAGAAAGACCAAACAUCUUCCAAUGUGCAUCUUUAGCUCAUGAAACUGCUGGAACUCCUUGUUCAAUUAUUAAUAAAGACAAUGUGCCGAUCAUCACAUUAGCGAAGGCCGUUGACAAAUUACACUCGAGAAAGCCUUUAUCUUCUGAAUCUACAGAGAAAAAACCGGAUGUUCGUGCUGUUCUUCACGAUAAAUUUGACAUUGCUACGGGUUCACUGUGCUCAACAUCGCCACAACGUGUUGAAGCGACGACAACAUCAGUAAAUCCUCGAUUGCGACCAAAACCAUCAACAAGCAUUCCGUCAGUCCCAUUAAUCCCUCCCAGUCCUAAGCCAACAGCUAAACUACAUAAUACCGCCAAUCCGGUCGAACCAGAAGUUUCACCGUCAACGGUACCUGCUGAAUCACCAGCGAUUGUACCACCGACUACGUCCUCUGCCCAUUUUGGCUUCACUGAACUAGAGAACACUGUUGCUCAUAGGAAAUCUUCAGAGGCCGUCCUUCCUGUAGCAGAAGUAGGUGCUAUGACCGUUUCCUCUGGGGCUGAAAUAGAAGGAUCUUCCAAUGUGGGCUCAACAGCUUCUCAUCGUCGUAAUGUGAGUGAUACUGCUCCUAUUGCAAGGAGUGCUUUCAAACCUUAUAGUCAAUUGGCGAAUCAACAGGUUUCAACCUCAGUGACCUGCAUCAACAACAGAACCACCCAGUCAUUCUCCGAUUCUGGUAAUGUUUGGAAUCCCUUCACUGCUGCUCCGUUCGGAGUAAGGAAAAUGGAUGAUAAGAACUUCGGUGAAGAGUUUGAUGUUCUUCCACGCAAUUUGGAACCAGAAUAUAAGAUGACCGCUGACUCGGACAGUGCUUCUAUCGACUCUCUGGAUCCUUUUGGUGCUGCACCUUUUGAUCCUCUGCCUAGAGCUCCAGAAGCAUUCGACUGUCAUCCAGAUACAGUAGGUAAUGAGGAUGACAACGAUUCAGUUGGAUCAGCUGAAGAUCUCAAACGAAGAAUGCAGGCCGAAGAGGAUAGUGAGCUCGACGAGCAAAGAAUGAAAGCCCGGAGACGUUACAGUUACGAACAUAUUGAUGGAGUUGGUGAAGAUGGAAGUAGUGAUAGUAGAGGAAGAACUGAAGGAGAAAGUACAGAUGAUCUGAGCAGGAACGAGUCUUCUCAUGACGAUGACAAUGAUUCCUCUCAACAAACAGAUAUUGUUAGUGAUGAUGGCGGAGGGAGACCAUUGUUAGAAGACGAUGGUUUGGAAGAUGAUGAUGAUCGAGAAGACUCUUACGACGAUUAUCCACAUUCUUCUAAGGAAAAAGGAAAUACUGCUCCGUUGGUGAUUGAUGCCAAACGAUCUACGAACCCUUUUUUGAAUUCUGAUCUUACUCCCAAAAUUUCUCCUGUGGAGACAAUUGAGGUGAAAAUUGAAAAUAUGCAGAUUAAACCAUCCCAAAUGAAGCCAUUCGAACCAAUAUCGUCUGGAUCUUAUCAAGAUAAUAAUGUGUUCGAAGAAAAACCAUCACUGCCUAUGGUUGCUCCUUUGAGCUCAGCAUUUGCUCCAGCCACGCUUCCCAGACAAUCUACACCACUAUGUGCUGUACCCAAGACUACUACUAUAUCUCCCAGGCAACCUAUUUACCCGAAAUUAUCAGCGGAUUCCGUCUUACCGCCAGCAGAAGUUUUCACGUCGAGACGAGCUCAUACAAUAUCAAAAAUGGACGUAGACAUAGCUUUGACGGCUCAGAGUAUUAUUAACAAAGAGCCGACCCUUACUACUAAUGUAUCUUGUAAAUAUGUACCUUUUGUCGAUGACCACAAAACUACGAAGUUUAAAAAAGGCAAAAUGAAAGGGAAAUCUUUCAAUCUCGAUUCAACUGAUAGUGAUUUGGAAACAGACGGAAGCGAAGCUGAGAUGUGCACGAGUACUUCGAGUGAUAAGAUCGGUACUUCAAAAAGAAAAAAGAAAACCUCAGCCUUCAGUUUACUCAGCUCUGGAAGUACUAGUAUACCACAGGAGAAAUCGUCUUCGAUAUCUACAUUGACAAAAAAAGAAAAAAGAAAAAUUUCUUCAUCCUCAGCGGGCAAGAGAGGAAGCUCUGGUGCUAUCAAUGCGUCAUUUGUAAAUACAUCAUUCCAAGCGGAAGAUCCUGAUUCUCCUCCUAUUUAUCGAGGGGAAGAUCUUCUUAUUUCGGCUUAA